AUGCGCGGCGGAACAUGUAAGGACACAUCCCGCGAGCUGCCGCCCAGCGCGCACGCCGCCGAGCCGCGGGGAGCGGAGCGAGCGAGCCGCCAGCGGACGGACGGACGGACGGACGGACGGACGGACGGUGGGGCGCGCGGACCCAGCAGGAGCGGCGGGGAGGACGGCGAGCGGCCUGAGGCACCCGGUGGGCACACGGCGGGCCCGGCCCGGGUAGCGGCGUCCCGAGAGCGCGCGGGGCCCAUCGGGGGCGCACGCCGGCGGAGCGCGCGGGGCCCAUCGGGGGCGCACGCAGGCGGAGCUCCGCGCGCCGUCUCCGGGGCGCACGCACGGGUAGCCCGCUUGGGCUCCGGAGCUCCGCGCCGGCGGGCCGGGAGGGGCGCCGCGCCUCCUCGCACCCCCGGGGCUCCCAUGACGGCGGCGGCGGCGGUGCUGAAGGAGGGCGUGCUGGAGAAGCGCAGCGGGGGGCUGCUGCAGCUGUGGAAGCGCAAGCGCUGCGUGCUCACCGAGCGCGGGCUGCAGCUCUUCGAGGCCAAGGGCGCCGGCGGCCGGCCCAAAGAGCUCAGCUUCGCCCGCAUCAAGGCCGUGGAGUGCGUGGAGAGCACCGGGCGCCACAUCUACUUCACCCUGGUGACCGAGGGCGGAGGUGAGAUCGACUUCCGUUGCCCCCUCGAAGACCCCGGCUGGAAUGCGCAGAUCACCCUGGGACUGGUCAAGUUCAAGAACCAACAGGCCAUCCAGACCGUGCGGGCCCGGCAGAGCCUGGGGACCGGAACCCUCGUGUCCUAAACCACCGGGGUACCACCUCGCCUUCAUGCUCCCCACCACCGAGGUGCCGGGAGGCCACGCCAGCUUCUGUGCCCGCUUGGGCUGGUGAGGGCGAAGCUGUGGUCAUGGACGAGGCGAGGGAGCUGACGGAGUCGAUGGGUCAGGACAGAAGGAAGACCUUGCGGGGCUGAGGAUGAAGAUUCAGCUCCUGGACACUCAACACUCUUACACCCAGCUCAGCUCCGGGGCUCCCCGCCGUGGCCCCUGUAUCGCGCGCACGGCAGAGCACUGUCCUCAGAGCCCCUCUCCGGUGGGCCUCCGUCAGUUCUGCAGACUGCUGUUGACCCCUGGCUUUGUGUCUUGUCGCUUGUGGGGUGCCAAGCCAACGCCUCAGGACUCGAGAGGGUCGCCUGGCAUCCGGAGGACAAGAACCCUUGAACCCGUCUCUGGACUCAGCUUGAGGAGGGGGAGCUGCUGGGCCUGAGGCCCACGUGUGGGGGGGUUUCCUGCUGCUUGUGCCCUUUUGGGACCCCCUCUGAUCCAGGCCCUCUCUUUGCACACUUCUUUCCCCACCUCUACCCACCUUCCCCCCCCCCCCCACGGUGGUGCAGGGCCUGGAGGUGGUGGGGGCAGGGUAGGGGGUUGGCCAUUACCAUUUCAUGCCUAUUUCCCAAAUGAAGAUGCCUGGCAUAGGGCAGUAACCACACUGUCUGCCGACUGAAUUUCUUUGCCCACAAAGGCUCAGGGUUUAGGGCAUCUCCUUCGCCCACCUUCCUGGUCCAUUGCUAGCCUGGAUAAGGGGAGGGCUUGCAGGGCCAGUGGUCACUCGGGCCCCACGGAUGCCUCUUCUGUAGGAGUGACUUUGCCCCUGCCAUGGUAGGAGGUGGCUUUCCUGAGAAGAGCCUUUUCUCCCUGGUCAUUUACAUCCUCUGAGCUUCUGACCUAUCUUGUUCCCCUUCAGAUUUUUUUUUUCCUGCCUUCAAUCAAGAUUUCCCUGCCUUUGUGUCCCAGACCCUCAGUCCUCAGAAUUAUCUUUCACUGGGAUGUGAACUGCCCUUCACAGUUGUACGUGAAUUUCUUAUUCACAAAGGAACUCUUAGCAUUCUUGCUCAUUUUGUCUCAUUAAUGCACACUCGGGGUAGCUUUA